AAGCUUUUUGGAGCUCUUUAUACACACUCUCACACACUCUUACACCGACCCCUGUUUGAGAAGACCACUUACACACACACAGAGAUCAUGAAUGAGCUGAAGUGUAAGAUGUUUUGGAGAGCUGUGGGAGCAGAGAUGUUGGGGAUGACGCUCUUCAUCUUUCUCAGCAUCGCUGCAGCCGUGGGAAACGUCAACAAUAAAAACCCGGAUCAGGAGGUGAAGGUGGCGCUGGCGUUCGGUCUGUCUAUAGCAACGCUGGCUCAGAGUCUGGGUCACAUCAGCGGCGCUCACCUGAACCCGGCCGUCACCGUGGGUCUGCUGGUCAGCUGCCAGAUCAGCGCCAUCCGAGCGUUCUUCUACAUCCUGGCCCAGAUGUUCGGCUCGGUGCUGGCCAGCAGCAUGGUGCUGAUGGUACGACCCCAAAACAUCACCUCACUCGGAGUCAAUCAGUUGAAUGGUAUUGAAGGUUAUCAGGGUGUGGUAGUUGAGAUGUUCGGAACGUUCCAGUUGGUGUUGUGUGUGUUGGCCGUGACGGAUAAACGCCGGCGUGACGUAGCAGGGUCCAUUCCUCUCGCUAUCGGCCUCUCUGUGGCUCUAGGUCACCUGAUGGCUAUCAGCUUCACAGGAUGUGGCAUUAACCCGGCUCGCUCCUUCGGCCCUGCCAUCCUCAGCAUCAAGGACAACGGCUUAGAAAACCACUGGGUGUACUGGGUGGGGCCGAUGUGUGGGGGCGUGGCCGCGGCGUUUGUCUACGACUUCCUGCUUUACCCGAAGACGGAGAGUUUUCCCGAACGCAUGCGAGUGCUGGUGUCCGGACCGCCGACCGAUUACGAUGUCAACGGACGUGACGACGUUCCGGCUCUAGAGAUGUCGUCCAAGUGAUGACGUGAAAAUGAGGCGAGAUCUUCACGUCUGCCAGAUGUUUGGCCAUUUGUUUCAGAACGUCCUUAUUAUCCACUUAUGAUGCAUCGUGCAAGUUUCCUCCCAAAUUAGUUAGCAUGUCUGCACAAGCUAGCGACUAGCCGAUUAAACGCAUUAGAUGUAUUAGAUUAGACCUAUUAGAAAUCACUAUGUACAAGGAAUGUCUGAUUUUCUCUGAGCCUCAUUUGACCUGUAAAUAUCUCUUCUUCUUCUUUUUUUUUAAGCAAAAAAAUUAUUCACUUUUAUUCACACAAUCAGUUUUUUAUUACAGAAAUCAUUUUUUUUGUUGUUUUUACAUCUUGAUAUAUUUCUAUCCUUUUCAAUUCUAUUUGUGUGUUUUUCAAAAAAAAUUCUUUUUUUUAUAUUUUUAAUAAAACCUUUUUAUUUUUGGUUCUACGUGAACACAAUUCUUUCAAUGUAAAUGAUUGUAUUUUCUUUGUAUUUUGUACCUGAGAAUCACGAGCACAGCGCAUUUACUUUCGCCACUUUUUGUAAGUAAAUAAAGUAAAACAAAUUUACCAAAAGA